AUGUCUCUAUUCAGUGUAUUCAUCCUGUGCCUUCAAGCUUGCUUGAUCCAGAACGCCUUUGCGUGGAUCGCCGAACCAGCCCUCGCACCCUGUCUCGCUAACCAAGCAUGGGGUCCAGCUGGCCCAGCGAUGGGUUUCGCUCCCGCUCCAGGUCUCGCUAACCCAGCAUGGGGUCUAGCUGGCCCAGCGAUGGGUAUCGCUCCCGGACCAUUCGCCCCAGCCCCAUUUGAAGCAGGUAUUGCUCCAUACGGCGGUGAAGGUAUCGGUGACGUAGCUGUUGCUGGAGAGAUGCCAGUGGCUGGUACCACUAUGGUAGCAGGACAAGUGCCCAUCCUCGGUGCUGUACGCUUUGCUGGUGACCUCCCAGCUGGUGGUGUGGUAUCUAUUGCUGGAAGCUCCGGAUGUGGAAGAUCUCCCUACAUGUACUAG